UUUUGAUUUCUCUCUGGUCCCACAGCUCUUCCUUAUUAUUAGUCAGAUGUAGGAAGACGCAGAAUGGACUACAUCGGCUUCUUCUUUGUGAACGCUUUUCUUUUUUGCACCUGUUUGGCUUCACCGCCAAAUUUCGUCCUCCUCUUCGCAGAUGAUUUAGGUUUCGGGGACUUGGGUUGCUAUGGACACCCCAGUUCUCUCACUCCAAACCUGGACCGCCUGGCAGCGGGAGGACUCCGGUUUACCGACUUCUACUGCACCAGCCCCGUCUGCACCCCGUCCAGGGCAUCGUUGUUGACGGGUCGCUAUCAGACCCGCUCAGGUGUCUACCCAGGAGUGUUUUACCCCGGCUCCAGAGGUGGUCUUCCUCUGAACGAGACCACCAUUGCUGAAGUGUUGAAACCUGUGGGUUAUGCUACUGCAGCCAUAGGGAAGUGGCACUUGGGUGUUGGGGCCAAUGGGACGUUUCUUCCAACCAGGCAGGGGUUUGACCAGUACCUGGGGAUCCCCUACUCCCACGACAUGGGCCCCUGUUGGAACCUGACUUGUUUUCCCCCAGAUGUUAAGUGUUUUGGAUUGUGUGAUGUUGGCACUGUAACUGUCCCACUAAUGCUCAAUGAGGUCAUCAAGCAGCAGCCAGUGAACUUCCUUGAUCUGGAAAGCGCUUACAGUGACUUUGCAACCAAUUUCAUCACCACGUCAGCCAAGAAAAAACAACCUUUCUUCCUCUACUACCCCUCCCAUCACACCCACUACCCCCAGUAUGCAGGUCCAGGUGCAGCUGGACGCUCUUUAAGGGGCCCAUUUGGAGAUGCUCUGUUGGAGUUGGACAACACAAUCGGAAACCUAAUGAAAACUCUGGAGAAGACAGGAGUGAUUAACAAUACACUCAUUUUCUUCACUUCAGACAACGGGCCGGAACUGAUGCGAAUGUCCCGUGGAGGUAAUGCUGGCAUUCUGAAAUGUGGAAAAGGGACAACUUAUGAGGGAGGAAUGAGAGAGCCAGCCAUCGCCUUCUGGCCAGGCACCAUCAGGCCAGGUGUGACUCAUGAGAUGGCCAGCAUUCUGGAUAUCCUGCCCACACUGGCAAGUCUGGCAGGAGCCAAACUACCCCAAGUGAUGCUGGAUGGGGUCGAUAUGACAGAAAUCCUUGUCAACCAGGGAAAGGGUAAAAGAGAGACCAUGAUGUUCUACCCCACUGAUCCCAAUGAGAAGUAUGGCAUGUUUGCUCUCAGGCUGGGGAAAUACAAGGCCCACUUCUAUACACGAGGUGCUACCCACAGCGGUACUACCCCGGACAACGACUGCCCAGUAUUUGCAGUCCUCAAGGCCCAUGACCCCCCUCUUAUUUUUGACCUGGAGGCCGACCCCUCUGAGCACUACCCCCUCUCCCUGUUGGGAAAACCUGAGCUCCGAGACUUGCUGGAGAGGAUCAUGAAAGUCAAGCAGCAGUUUGAAGCCUCCAUGGUGUUUGGAGAGAGCCAGAUAUCGAAAGGAGAAGACCCGGAUCUGGAGCCUUGCUGCAAUCCUCAGUGUAGCCCCAAGCCCAGCUGCUGCAAGUGUUGAAUGGACAAAAUUCCUGUAAACUCUAAUGAUGACAAUGUGGGACCACCUGGAAGUACUGCACUGAGUUUUAUCCCAAGAUCUGUAAAAGCAUAAGAUGUGAUGCUAAUUUUGUAAUUCCCUAAUGAUGCAGCUUUUCUUGCACAUGAACAGGUGAUUUAAUUACUGUUCAUACUGAAAAGUAACAUUGUAAACCAUCUGUUUCCUCAAUGAGGAUUUUUUUUAAUUGAUACUGACUACAUCUAGAACUGAUGUAUAACAAUGUACUGUAUACAUGUAUAUUUCCUGCUCAAGGCCUGAGAGGCAAGUGAGAUAAAAAAAAAAAUCUGGUGAUCAAUUUUCUAAGUCUAAAUUGCUUUCUCUCCUUUGUUUAUAACUUAAGAGCCAGUGAAAAAGGUUUUACUAGAAUAUUCUAUCAAAGUUCCUUAAUUGUUUUCCAUCCAUGAAACAGGUGAAAAUGAGGUUUUGGCAGGUUUAUUAUCAUUAAUCAUCCUAGCUAUAGCAGAUUAAAAAAGCAUUGUAGCCAAACAAAAGACAUGACGGUUAUGUUAUAAAACAUGCUAGCAUCCAAUAUACCGUAUUUACCUUGUGAUUAAAGUGCAUAGAGAAAUUCAAAGCUCACCUGCAAGAUAUCCUGAAUGAUUUUAAUCAUAUUUGGAACAUGGGGGUAGUGGUGCACUUCGGCCUCUUGUGGCCAAAAAGAGUAUUACACCAGCAAUCCACCCAGUUUACAGGUACAAAAAGGGAACUUAUAAAACAAUACUGGAAAAACCUUUUUUUUUUUUACACCUGUUCUCAAGUCAUAAUCAUAGGAGAGAAAAUGUACCCAGAACAUGGAUCAGCAGAAUUUUUUUCUCACUUAACUCUCCAUAAUGUUUGACGUCUUGAAUACAUCUUUAAUUCUUUGAUUUUUUUAAAUGUGAUUUUCAUCUGAAAAUGCUAUAGAAUCACAAGAUUUUAAAUAAAUGUAUGGGUUUUAUGUGAAAAUGCUUUGCAACAUAUUUCAAUCACACAAACAAGAGUAGAUCCAAACAAUAAAGACAACAAUAAAGGUUUCG